AUGCCUCCUUCUCGGUCUAUGAUACAAGCGCUACCUUCUGAAGUGGUUGCAAAGAUCAAAUCAUCUACAUCCAUUUUGCAUCUGACUGGUGUCAUUUUGGAGCUAGUCAAAAAUUCUUUGGAUGCCAAUGCACAUACCGUCUUCGUCACUGUCGAUUUCAAGCGUGGUGGCUGUAUAGUUGAAGAUGAUGGUGAUGGAAUCCCUCCGGCCGAGUUUGAAGUUACCGGAGGGCUAGGCAAACCUCAUCAUACAUCCAAAUUCGAGCUGAGUGGCUUGUAUGGCCAUCGGGGCUUGUUCUUGGCUUCCCUGGCCUCGGUGUCUCUGCUCACUGUGACUUCUCAUCACAUUCAUCAUGGAUGCACAAACUCAAUCAUACUUCAUCAUUCGACACCUGUGGCUCGGCUAACCCCUGCACCACCACACCAGGUGCUUCGCUUUGCCGGCCAUGGCACAUCUAUAACUGUCAAUGACCUUUUUGGGAACAUGCCAGUUCGAGUCAAGAGUCGAGCUCUCACUCUUCAGCGGCCGGACGAGCUAGAACGGGAGUGGGACCAUCUCAGGAACUCUUUGGUGUCUCUCCUUUUAGCCAACCCUCAAUUCUCAAAAUUAGUCCUCCUCGAUGUGGAACGAAAUAAACGGAUUUCUAUUCGUCUUGGAACUACCUCUAUACCCGAAGCGUGCAUUCCUCAUGCUCAGAAGGAUUUUGAUCUCAAACGUGUCGGGUCAAUUCUGACACAAUCCGGGCUGAUCACAUCACCAAACUUCGAUUCUUGGCAUGCAAUUUCAGCCUCGGUUUCUGACCUGAUAGUUCGGGGAGCAAUAUCUCUCCAACCCAGCCCAAGUCGGAAGGUUCAGUUCAUCUCUUUGGGGAAAGACCCCAUCCUAUCGCGCAACAGCACAAAUGUGCUUUAUGACGAAGUAAAUCGGCUAUUUGCUGAGUCUGAUUUCAGUAAUGUUGGAGCCAUUUCCCACAGAAGCUCAUCUUCGUUGAAUCAGCUUGAUGCCCCAAGUAACGCAAGCACUCGAAGCUGGGCAAAGCCCGUCAAUAAGUGGCCAAUGUUUUACAUUCGCAUUGACACAAACGCUGUUAUACGAUUGGGCGACGAUGCGUCUGUGAAUCUUCCAGAGUCGGCCAAAUCGGUUCAGCGUAUAGUUGAUGUGCUUGGGGCCAUGGUUCAUGAGUUUCUGAAGCAACACAAUCUCCGCCCUCGUAACCGCAAACAGCAGACCAUUUUAUCACACCAAAACCAGAGUAUCCGUUCCAAAGCCUCUCGAGCAGCUGGCAGUUCUCGUGGUUCUCGUGGCCCUCUACAACAAGGUCGGUCUAUUUCUAGCACCGAAGAGGUGUUCAGCGGUCGUCUAAAAAUCCCCUCCUUUCCAAGAGCACAGUCUCUAAACUCUGGUCAAAGCUUCGACAACUGGUCCAGGAUAAAAGCCGCUAAGGGUCCCAAAGGACGUUCUCCAACCCAUCAAACAUCUCGGCUUUCCCAUGCGGCUCCUAAUAUAAUACAGGGUGAGAGCUCCUUGCCGAUCCUCCCUAACCAUAAGUCAAACCAUCCAAAUGAUGGCCAGGAGUGCAGAAUUAUUCCAAACCACCCGAAUAAAAGAGUCUCCGGUGAGGACAGGAACAGGACAGAGGAUCUGCCUGGAGACUCGCCAUCAGACAAGAUGAUCAGCUGGAUCGAUCCAUACACCAAGAUGGCCUAUAUGAUUAAUUCUCGAACGGGCCAAACGAUGGACGCCCAGAAGUCAUUAGCUACCCAUCGGUCUUCCACCGAUUGCGCCAACGCCUCGUCCAAGCAUCCAGUGCAAACAUUUUGGAUAGAAAAUCUGUUAGGGAAAUGGGACAAUCCUUCCUUCAGCCGAACAGAAAUGCCAAUACCAAAUCUAGGCGCAGAGUCCGUCGGUCAGCAGAAUGUAAUUACUUCUUCGCACGGCUGCUUCAAAGGCAUUGGAUCGCUUGAUACAGCGCAAGUUGCCAAAUAUCGAGGCAAGCUUCAACGCCGUGCGCUCGAGACUGCCGAAGUGAUAGCCCAGGUGGACAACAAGUUCAUCUUGGCUAAGGUCCACACGACUCCCGUCAUUCCCAAUUUGGAGGAGACAUCAAACGAUGUUCUACUCUUAAUCGAUCAGCACGCGGCCGAUGAGCGAUGCCGAAUCGAACAGUUGUUCAAGGAGAUGUUUCUCUCUGCUGAGCUGGGUGAGAAUUUGGAGUCGAGUUGUCGAGUGCGGACUGUCCAAGUCGGCUCUCUAGCAUUCGAAGUUUCGUCAACAGAGGGUGACCUCUUCCAAAAAUAUAUGGCUCUCUUCUCGGCCUGGGGUAUUGAGUAUGUGACACAAGGCGAAACCAAAUCUACUGUCUCGAUCACCGUCCACACUGUCCCUGUCCUAAUAGCCGAACGCUGUCGGCUCGAGCCUCGCGUGUUGAUUGACUUGAUGAGGCGUGAGAUUUGGUCAAGUGAGGAAGAUGGUAGGAAGCCGUUCCAGUCGAAGAAGGCAUUUGAAACGGAAUAUGCCGACCAGGAUAUCGAACUAUCAGACAGCGAUGACGUUGUACACAAAGGAACCCUAAAAUCGUCCGCCUCGCGCUCAUGGGUUCAACAUAUGAAUGGAUGCCCUCAAGGCAUCGUGGACCUAUUAAAUUCCCGGGCCUGUCGCACUGCUAUCAUGUUCAAUGACUCGUUGAACAUCGAAGAGUGCCAGGCCUUGGUCUCCAGGCUGGCCGAUUGUGCCUUCCCGUUUCAAUGCGCCCACGGCCGUCCUUCAAUGAUUCCUAUACUUGAUUUACGAACGCUCUCCGAGACUGCUGUUUCAUUGCCGCUCGACUUGGAUACCGGUGCAUCUGCUUAUGAUGACAAUGACGGCAUGAAUUUCGUGGAGGCGUUUAGAACACGUUAUGUAACAUAG